ACUCGCACCAACAACUUAAGGGUGUUUAUUCUCCCUUCGCUCUUCGUUUUUGCUUUCUCUCGCGCUCAAAGCACAACACAGAACUAUGAACGCUUCAAGGAUGCUGCUGUCGUCUCCACUAUCGAGCUGCCACGUGGUGCGCGGGAAGCUUUUUCCGGAGUCAAUUAGAAGGCGCAGUUGUUGUUCUCCUCCGCCGCUGAAAAUAGCGAGCAUGGCGAAGGAUGGCAGCGACGCCAGCAGCAACGGCGGCAUCAUUGAAAAAGUAGCCAUAGGAGGUGGAUUGAUCUCAACCCCAGUAAUCGCUUGGUCUCUCUACACUCUCAAAACAACCGGUUGCGGUUUGCCCCCCGGUCCAGGUGGCUCGAUCGGUGCCCUGGAAGGAGUGAGCUACCUGGUUGUUGUGGGCAUAGUGGGUUGGUCACUCUACACUAAAGCCAAAACCGGUUCUGGACUUCCCAACGGUCCUUUUGGUUUGUUGGGUGCUGUUGAAGGCCUUUCCUUUUUGUCUUUGCUUGCCAUUGUGGUUGUCUUCGGGUUGCAGUACCUUGACAAGGGUUUCAUCCCUGGUCCUCUCCCCGCAGAUCAGUGUUUUGGCUAGGUUUUGCAGUAACCUUUCCAUAAUGUAACAUGAGCCACUACAAUCUUAUCCUUCUACUUGUGGAUAAGCUCGUAACAUGUGUCUUACAAUAUCCUAAUAUGCGUCUCUAUUUUCCUUUUAAGACUUCAGAGCAUAAAAUGGAAAUUAAUUGUUUGUGUUUUUCUUUA